AUGUCGGUGCCGGGGGUGGGGAGGGGGUCAGUGGAUGGGACGGGAGGCAAGAAGGGUAAGGGGAAAGAUGGAGCUUAUAGAUUGAGGAUCGGGUCGUGGAACAUAGGCACGCUGACGGGUAAGUCUAUCGAGUUGGCGAAGAAGGUUAAUAUAGCUUGUGUCCAGGAGACUAGGUGGGCAGGGUCGAAGGCGAGGAAUGCGGACGGGUAUAAGUUGUGGGAUUUUAGAGAGUCUGUGGUUGAGGUUAGGCGAGUGAAUGAUAGGCUAAUGUUUAUUAAGUUGGUGAUUAGUGAGUGCACCCUCAAUGUCGUUAGCGCUUACGCGCCGCAAGCAGGCUUGGAUGAGGAGGUUAAGAGGCGCUUUUGGGAGGGUUUGGACGAGAUUGUGCGUAGUAUUCCAACUACUGAAAGGUUAUUUAUUGGAGGUGAUUUUAAUGGCCAUAUUGGGUCGGCUGCUGGUAGCUAUGGCGAGGUGCAUGGUGGCUUUGGCCUUGGGGAUAGGAACGGAGGAGGUACUUCGCUGUUAGAUUUCGCUAAGGCUUUCGAGCUGGUGAUUGCGAGCUCGACUUUUCCGAAGAGAGAGGAGCAUCUGGUUACAUUCCAAAGUUCGGCAGAAAAGACUCAGAUUGAUUACCUUCUCCUCAGAGGUGUGAUAAAGGGUUAUGCAAGGAUUGCAAGGUUAUCCCGGGAGAGACCCUCGCGACUCAGCAUAGGCUCUUAG